UCCAUCAACACAUUCAUCGCACUUAUGGCUUUUCAAUCUCCCAACGCUCCACUCCCAAACCGGGUGCGAAGAAUCGAUUAUGGAAUCGGGGCGGACUGUGUAUAUACCAUGGAAUGCAACAACAAAUAUUUUGAUGUUUCCUUACCCGCCGACUCGAAAGCGGGUACCCUAGAACGGGGUUAUCUUGAUCGUAUCGAAGCCAACAUGGAUGGAAGUUCCGAACUCGAUAUCAUUUUUGAAGAGCUGGCUGAUAUCAUCGCUGUAAAGUGUCAACCACGGUACCGAAAAUUUGCUGGGGACCUGAGUACCCCCAAAGUCCUUUCAGACAUCGUCGGGCCCCCUGCAGCUUUUCUUCGAAUGACAACGGCUGAUGGAGAGCUGCAAGUUGUACAGAAUGAUAGCUCGACGAGUUGUACGAACCGCGCAUUCUAUGGAAUUUCUAUAGACGACUUUUCCGAUCUGCCCAUCCAUCAACUCUCCGACAUCAGCCUACUUGAGGUGCUGAAAACCGACACAGUGUUCAAGGUUGAUGUUCAAGAAACUACGUUGUGUGCGAAAGUCGCAAUGCAACAGUUGCAGUGUCACACUAUCCAACGAGAGAUCAACGCUUUGCAACGUAUUCGGGAGAAGGCAACGGCAGAGUACGUUCGUAUUCCAUCACUUAUUGGACUCAUUUCGUCAGAAAAUGGUAUUUUAGGGUUUCUCAUGGACUACAUAAUAAUGAAACCUCCGGUUUCUAAUAUUGCGCGUUACAAAAUGGGAUCCAUUUCGAUGUCCGAGAGGAAAAAAUGGUAUCGUCAAGUGAGGGAUACGUUAGAGUGA